ACUCUGUGCCCAGUUUGUAUGAGCUGGCCAGUCUGCCAUGCUUCCUUUGUUGCAAGGCAGACCAGGAGUAACAGCUGAUGGGGCUCUGUCUUGCAGGCCCUCGGGCAGUAAUGUAGACAGCCUCCUGCGCCUCCAGGGCCGCCCUCUCCUGGACCACGAAGCCUUGUCAUGUCUCUUAGUCCUUCUCUUUGUGGAUGAGCCCAAACUGAAUACGAGUCGCCUCCACCGUGUCCUGCGCAACCUGUGCUACCACGGCCAGACCCGCCAUCGGGUUAUCUGCAGCCUGCCGUCCAUUCUGCAAUGGAGCAGCGAGAGCGAACUGUGCAUCGAGAACCCCAAGGCAGCUACCACCGAGGAAAAGGGCAAGAAGGCAGCCAAGGGCUGCCCCACUGGCAGCCGUGAUAGCCGGCCCCUGGACCUGCUGCACAAGAUGGAGUCCAAGAGCUCCAGCCAGCUCUCAUGGCUCUCUGUGUCCAUGGAUGCGGCCCUGGGCUGCCGCACUAACAUAUUCCAGAUCCAGCUGGUGACAGGCCGCAAACAAACUGAGAAGCAUGCUGGCUGUGGCUCCACUGUCCACAUUCACCCCCAGGCUGCUCCUGUGGUGUGUCGACAUGUCCCGGAUACACUCAUCCAGUUAGCCAAGGUCUUCCCCAGUCACUUCACACGGCAGCGGACCAAAGAGACGAAUUGUGACAGCGAUCGGGAGAGGAGCAACAGACAGGCCUGUAGCCCCUGUCCCAGCCAGUCCACCAGCGGCAGUAUUUCCACUGACUUCAGGGACUCGUUGGUCAAACUGGACAACGUGAACGUCAGCCGAAAAGGCAAAAACUCUGUCAAGUCAGUGCCCGUCAAUGUGGGCAGUGAGGGAGAGCCCUCUCUGUACAGCCUUGAAGCCUCUCCCCUAGGGCAGCUCAUGAACACACUGUCUCAUCCGGUCAUCCGCCGGAGCUCCCUCCUCACCGAGAAACUCCUGCGCCUCUUGUCCCUCAUCUCCAUUGCACUGCCCGAGAACAAAGCACCAGAGACUGUGGCCAACCCGGGCAGCGGCACCGGCACUCCUUCCGCUACCAUUGCCUCCUCAGCAAGUGGCACCUCCACCAAUACUGGAGUUGCCACCCCAGGCCCCCUUACCCCCAGCCCCACCCCAGCUGGAGCCUCAGUCACUGCUGCCGUGGCAGCCACCCCAGCUACUGUUGUUGCAACUACUGCUAGGAGCAGCAAAUCCCCAGCGAAGGCUGGCGAGGGAGGCAGUGGGAGCAGUAUAGAGAGCGAGAUGGCAGCAUCGGGCCUAACCGAAAAUCAGCUCCAGCUCUCUGUGGAGGUGCUGACCUCGCACUCGUGUUCAGAAGAAGGCCUGGAAGAUGCAGCCAAUGUUCUGCUACAACUUUCCAGGGGUGACCCAGCGACCCGAGACACUGUUCUUAAGCUACUGUUAAAUGGAGCCAGGCAUCUGGGUUAUACCCUGUGCAAACAGAUUGGGACCCUCCUAGCCGAGCUUCGAGAAUACAAUUUGGAGCAGCAGCGGCAAGCCCAGUGUGAGAUCCUGUCUCCAGAUGGGCUGCCCGAAGAGCAACCCCAGGCUACCCGACUGAAAGGAAAGAUGCAGAGCAGGUUUGACACAGCUGAGAAUGUGGUGAUCGUGGCAUCUCAGAAGCGCCCACUGGGCGGUCGAGAGCUCCAACUGCCGUCCAUGUCCAUGCUGACGUCAAAAACGUCCACACAGAAGUUCUUCCUGUGUGUGCUGCAGGUCAUCAUUCAGCUCCGAGAUGACACACGCAGAGCUAACAAGAAGGCCAAGCAGACAGGCAGGCUAGGCACCUCCAGCCUGGGCUUGGCUAGCAGCAUCCAGGCAGCUGUUCGGCAGCUGGAGGCUGAGGCUGAUGCCAUUAUACAAAUGGUAUGUGAGGCUCAAAGGGCGCGGAGACAGCAGCAAGCAGCAACGUCGGAGUCCAGCCAGUCUGAGGUUGCUUCCCGGAGGGAUGAGUCUCCCAUGGAUGUGGACCAGCCAUCCCCUGCUUCUCAAGAUACGCAGUCCAUUGGCUCCGAAGGAAGCCAACAGAGCGAGAAGGAGAAAGAAGAGAGACCCCCUGAUCUUCCCC